AUGACGUCACUAUAAUUAUUUUUGACUGGCCCUGGUAACCGAGAAUCUCUCUCCGAUUUAUGGAUGUCUUGAUUCUAUAAUAUUCCGUUUACGUACUGGGACGUCCCAACGAUACCUGUGGUCUCGCAAGGUUGCCUCGGCAAGGAAAACUCGCCUGGAAAGGUGCAUACAAUGGCGGACGCUAGACAAACUCGGAUAGAAGAUGGCGGUAAGACGAAUAAGCAGAUCGCGUUCUAUGACGUUAAAGCCACGGCAGAGAAGACGAAGGCUGCUGUAGAGGUGGGGAACGUGUACAACAUUACGCAGCUCCCGCCGCCGUCGCCUGACCCCUCUUUUAGGCAGAUUCAGCGGCGAAAUUCCAAGAUAGAGCGGGUUCAACAAGAGGAGAAGAACAUGUCUCGGCGGAUGGAGCAGCGCCUGCAGGACAUCUCCAACAUAUAUCGGGUCGCCAUACCGUCCAUGUCCGACAGCUACCACAAAAGUACUCCUAUCGGAAGUUCUAUCAGUCGUCUGCCACCAUUAUCACCAAGCGGGAGAAUGGUGUCGGCCUCGCACCCACGGGCCCGACCUCCGCGGACCCCCGUACAUCCUGAGUUAGAUAAAGGCUCUAUGUUCCGGGCGACAAUGGCGGGACGCACUCGCACGUCCAGCUCCUAUCGGGAGUUCGUCGGUCGCCUGUCCUACCUCAUCAACCAGAGUCGGGAUAAGAUGACAAAACUGUAUGGCAGUUCAGACUUGUCUCUGGUUAGGGAGUUUCUCGGAAAGGAGUCCCCCGACCACUGCGUAUAUCUAGACUCCAGUCCCAGCGACAAGAUGGCGGCCUUCCGUCAGCAGCAGUUCUGUAUCAGUUCCACCUUCAGGAAAAUACUCCACAAUGAGGCAAAGAAGAAAAGACUAACACUCCAUUCUCGCAAGUAGUUGUUAAAAUUAAAAAAAAAUAUGCUUAUUUUUCAA